GGAGUUUUGGCAUGCAAAUUAACCGUGUUUCUCUUAAGCUGUCGAUUUGGUAGAGACGCCAGGAUGAAGGACUUGGCUGUGCUGGGGCACUUGUUCGUGGCGGCGUUCAUGUUCCACUUCGCCUCCUACAUGGUCAUCCCGGCGAUCACCGACGUGACGAUGGACGCCGUCUGCCCCGGCCGCGACGAGUGCUCCGUCGCCAUCUACCUCAGCGGCUUCCAGAGCGCCAUCACAGGGAUGGGGGCUCUUGUGGUGACUCCCAUCGUGGGGAAUUUGUCGGACAAAUACGGCAGGAAGGCGCUGAUGACACUGCCGGUGACCGUGGCCAUUCUGCCGUUGUUUAUACUGGCCUGCAACCGCUCCAAGGUGUACUUCUACGUGUACUACGUCGUUAAGGUCCUCGCCGGCAUCUUCUGCGAGGGCAGCAUGCAUUGCCUCUUGCUCGCCUACGUGGCCGACCAAGUCGGCGCCAGGCGGCGAGCGGCGGCGUUCGGGCUCCUCUCCGGCGUGUCGGCAGCGGGGUUCGUCUCCGGAACACUCACCGCGCGGUUCCUCCAGACAUCAACCACCUUCCAGGUGGCGGCGGCCGUCGCCGCGGCGACGGCCAUCUAUCUCAGGGCCGUUGUCCCAGAUUCCGGCGGAGCCAACUCCUUCGUUGACGAAGCAUGUGAUCCCUUCCUACAAGGCUCAUCCUGCUCCGCCGCGACUUCGUCUUCGUCCUCCUCCGAUGAGGAGAUCUCACCGAGACUUCCGCCGCACAAGGGCGGGGUGCCGUCGUUGUCAGACAUGGUUUCGCUUCUCACUGGCAGUUUGACCCUGUCAGGGGCAGCAAUUGUUACCUUCUUUUACAGUCUUGGGGAACAUGGGCUUCAGACUGCAUUACUGUACUACCUGAAGGCACAGUUUGGUUACAGCAAAGAUGAGUUCGCUAAUCUUCUGUUAAUUGCUGGUGCUGCAGGAAUGCUGUCACAGCUGACUGUAAUGCCGGUCUUGGCUCGAUUUGUUGGCGAGGAUAUACUGCUUAUUAUAGGACUCCUAGGAGGAUGUACUCAUGUUUUCCUGUAUGGCAUUGCAUGGUCAUAUUGGGUACCAUAUUUAUCUGCGGUGUUUAUAAUUCUGAGUGCUUUUGUUCACCCUUCUAUAAGAACCAAUGUAUCGAAGAGUGUUGGAUCAAAUGAGCAGGGAAUUGCUCAAGGCUGUAUAUCGGGCAUAAGCUCGUUUGCCAGCAUAUUAGCUCCACUAAUUUUUACCCCUCUAACAGCAUGGGUCCUUUCAGAAACAGCGCCAUUCAAAUUCAAAGGUUUCAGUAUCAUGUGUGCUGGCUUUUGUACGCUCAUUGCCUUCAUUAUCAGCAUGAGGAUGCGAGCAGGGCAAUCUGGUGCAAGUGAGAUGUUGGCCAUUGUGCAGCAUGAGCAAGCAUGAUGAGUAUGCUAGUAGAUUGUAAAUUUGGCCAACCUGAAACCAUUGUAAAUUUACAUACUGUACAUUGUAAAUUUGGCCAACGUGAAACCAUCCCAUUGUCUACUAUCCUGAUGGGCGAAUGACUAUUCCCCUAUUCCUCUGCAAAUCUCCAUCAGGGAAGGGAAGGAUUCUUCUUCAGAUAGUAAAUUGACAACUGCUAUGUCAUAGAAGCCAGCCCAGCUUGUUGUAAUAUCACCUAGUAGUGUAUAUUGCUGGAAUGAUGGCCUACAUAUUUCGGCCGGAGCUUCAGACAUGAGUUAAUGCCAAUGGUAGUACAGAUUUCAACAGCAA